CGCUGCGCCGGAGUUUGAGCGGAGAAGUUUGGGGAGAGUUUAGUAGGAGAAGCAGCGACUCGGAGACACAGCAAAACCAGGAGAACUUCAGCCGAACCUCCGCUCCUCUCCGGACAUGGAGUAAGGAGAACCGAGGAGCAGGACCGCAGCCCUCAGCCCGCACAGUCCUGUAGGACCCGCUGGAGCAGAGAGAACCGGUUCGGAUGGAAACAAGAUGUAGUGGCUGAGCCGGAGUCUCGCCGCUGGGUUUUCCGCUCCCCGAGUUGAAGAAAAGCCCCCGGAGAAGAAAGCAGCAGGGCGCGGAGGCCACCAUGCUCUGGCCGCUCUCGGCGUGCCUCCUGGCGGCUCUCGCUCUGUGCCGCUCCGCGCUCUCUCAGUACUCCAGCGACCAGUGCAGCUGGAGGGGCAGUGGGCUGACCCAUGAAGGACACACGCGGGACGUGGAGCAGGUGUACCUCCGGUGCUCGCAGGGUUCCCUGGAGUGGCUGUACCCGACAGGAGCCAUCAUCGUCAACGUCCGACCCAACACGGCCUCGCCCGCCGCCGGCCAGCUCUCCGUCUGCAUCAAACCCUCCCGCGAGUCCAGCGGCACCCACAUCUACCUGGACCGACUGGGCAAACUGCGGCUGCUGCUCCGCGAGAACCAACAGGCGGAGGGCAAGGUGCACUGCUUCAACAUCCAGGAGGGGGCGCUCUUCAUCGAGGCCGUCCCCCAGAGGGACAUCAGCCGGAAAAUCACGGCCUUCCAGUACGAACUGAUCAGCCACAGGCCUGGAGUGGACCCUCGUUCACUGUCUGCCUCCUGCCAGCCGUGCACUGAUGCUGAGCUGCUUCUGGCUGUGUGCACCAGUGACUUUGUGGGGCGUGGCACUAUUCUGGGGGUGGAGCAAGAGGAGGAGCAGACGUCGGUCGCCGUGACGCUGACCCGCCUGUACAGGCAGAAGAGUCAGGUGUUUGUGUCCGGCGGUGGACGGACCAGGCGCUUCGUGGGCCGGGUGAAGAUGCCCCGCGAGUGUGGGGUGAAGCCGGGCGAGGGCGAGUUCCUCUUUAUCGGGACAGUGCGUUUUGGGGAGGCGUGGCUGAGCUGCGCCCCGAGGUACAGGGACUUUCUGAGGCUGUACCGGGACGCCCAGGAGCGAGGGACCAACCCCUGCCACAUAGACACAGACUGAGCAAGACUCUCUGAGACUUUACUUUCCAGGAAACCACACAAACAGCCUCGUCUGGAGGAACUGUAACCCAGACGGGGACAGUCUGGCUCUCUCUGCCUCUCUCUUUCUUUCUCUUUCGCUCAGAGUCUCUGUCACUCUCUCAUGUUUUGUCUCUCUCUCUUUCUCUGGUUUUCUCUCUUUCUCUGUCUGUGAAUGGUUGCAUAAAGGGAAAAAAAACCUUAAAGGUAAAGUCAUGUGGUUCAGGGUUCACGAACAUAUUUGUCCUUUGCAAUACUGAUUUCAUAGAUUACAGUAUGCAAAUGAGUAAGUGUUUCAACCAAUCACAGUGUUUUAAGUAUCCAAAUGAUCCAAAUCUGUUUAAUUCUGUUCAAACUUGUUUACGUCCAGUUCACUAAGGUGUUUUCAGAUAUACUACACCAACUCAGUUACUGACCAUAUAUGGCAAUAUAAUUGCAGCACUAGUGUUAUAUACAUAUCACACAAAUAAACCUAAUUGAUCUCUGACCCCAUAUCCAGCCAGAAACAUCUCUGCUUUGUAUCGCGUUCCAUGACUUUUGCCAUGUCCCUUGGAAGUUAAAGAAUGCUGCACUGAUCUGUGGGAUGUGUGUGUAGGACCUCCUGCAUUGUCUGGUCAAUUCUUUUAUACAGCUCUGGAAAAAAAUUAAGAGACCACUUCAGUUUCUGAAUCAGUUUCUCUGAUUUUGCUGUUUAUAGGUAUAUGUUUGAGUAAAGUGAACAUUGUUGUUUUAUUAUAUAAACUACAGACAACAUUUCUCUCAAAUUCCAAAUAAAAAUAUUGUCAUUUAGAGCAUUUAUGAGAAAAUGAGAAAUGGCUGAAAUGACAAAAAAGAUGCCGAGCUUUAAGACCUCAAAUAACGCAAAAAAGUUUGAAUAGUUUAGAAAUCAAUAUUUGGUAGAAUAACCCUGGUUUUUAACCACAGUUUUCGUGCAUCUUUGCAUCAUGUUCUCCUCCACCAGUCUUACACACUGCUUUUGGAUAACUUUAUGCCUUUACUCCUGGUGUAAAUAUUCAAGCAGUUCAGUUUGGUUUGAUGGCUUGUGAUCAUCUAUCUUCCUCUUGAUUAUAUUCCAGAGGUUUUCAAUUUGGUAAAAUCAAAGAAACUCAUCAUUUUUACGUGGUCUUUUUUUUUCCAGUGGUGUAUAUGGUUUAUAUGCGUUCCAAAGCCAUUCAACUUACACGCUGUUGUCCCAUGACUUUUGGCAUAUCAUGUGCAGAGAUAAGAUUUCACUAAUAAAAGAGAUUGUUGAUGUCUGUGAGACAUUAAAGAUAAAAUUGGAAGAAAAUCUAUAAAAUAUAUUAUUAAAAAAAAAGAACCAAAUACCAAGCAUGUAUUGGAUGAUCAACUGAUCAAAAAGGGGGUUAUUGAUGAAUUAUAUUGAUUAUCUGAAUGGAGCCUCUGGAAGUCGAUGUGUUUGUAUUAUGAAUGGAUAAAAUGCUUAAAUCUGAGAGGACCCAUGCACUUCUGCAGACGAGUUUUAAUUGCACUAUGUAUUUUAUGCAACUGGAAGUGCUUUUGUGUUUUGCUGGUGAUUGAUGAUGUUUUAUGUUCGUAAAUCCACUUUAAAGAAAUCUAAAGUUUAAAAAACACCUAAUCUGUCUUAUACAGUAUUUCACAAUAGGGGUUAAAUGAGCCAAUAGAAAUGUUCCAGAAUUACACAGAAUCAAGUCAUGUUACAUUGUCAUACAUCGAGUUAAGAAUGAGGUUCCUUAUUAUUAAUUCUGAACUAAAUCUUGGGACACUGACUGAAUGUAAAACAAUGUGAUGUUUCUGAGUUUUUGGUAGUACAGCAGAGUUUAACCCUCCUGUUAUAUUGAGCUGUAAUUAACAGUUUUAAAGCUCCCAGGUCAUAGUGACUCGUUUUUAAUCACAUCUAACAAUCCAAAAUUAGAUUUAAAAAAUUAUAUAUUUAAUUUAUAUUUUUUAUAAAACAAAAACAACUUAUUUUUGGCUUAAAUAUUUUUAUUUAUUUUUUUUGCUUCAGUUUUGUUCUAUAUUUUAAAUUUCCAACUUUGAAACCUCUGUUGUCACUAAUGGGUCAAAUUGACCAGAACAGUAGUUUUUUAGUUACAUUUUCUGAUUGUUUAAGGCUGUAUUUGAAAGUAGAAAAUUAUCUAUAGAACUUAAGUAGUAAUUUGUAUAUAUAUAUAUAUAUAUAUAUAUAUAUAUAUAUAUAUAUAUAUAUAUAUAUAAGACAAUAAAAGAGUUUUCAUUUAUUUUCUUCCAGUUUUCUAUUUUUUUUUCUCACCCUGACAAUCUAAAUUACUUAAAAAAAAAUAAAAAUAAAAUCUAAAUUUGAUCCCCAAUCUGUUGAUUAUCAUCCAACCUACUUUUGUUGCAAGAUGCAAAAACAAAAGAGAAUUGAGUCAAAUCUUUCUUUUCUUUUUUUUCUCACAAAUUCAGAUUUUAAGGGGCAGCAAUGACGAAUUAGAAAAUUGCUAAAUUUAUUAAAAUCUAAUUCUUCUUAACUAACUUAAAUAGAAACAAAUCAAAAAAUUUAAACACAAUGUUGGAGUCAAUUUUAACAGAAAAAAAUUACAAUUACCCAAAACAAUAUGUGUGUAAUAUUAACAUUACAUUAGUAACACAUUAAAUUACACAUUAAAUUAGUCAUGUUGCAUUUACACGUUCUUUCUUAAGUUUUCCUGAAUUUUAAAUGUUUUAAGAUUUUUUUUUAAAGGGUAAGUUUGACCCACAAUAUAACAGGAGGGUUAAGAGGUUAAAAGUGUCUUUUACCCAAAAAAAAAAAAAAGACAUUUAAGAUUAAGUUUUGUGCAAUUUCCGUUAUGGAUCAUGAGGUUUUUAUGCAACCGGGCACAGCCGACCCCGAAGCCUUCUCUAUAAACUUCUCACUUUCUCUCCUUCUGCUUUCCACCACAGGAACUCUGUACUUCCCUCUUCUCCUCCCUCAUCUCUCGCUCUUUCAGAGUCUUAUAAACUGUUUUAUGCCUUAAGCUCUACGGUCGCAAUGUAGCAGACAUCCAUGGAAAAUGUGUAAAAAAAAGAAAGAAAGAAAUGUGAAAACAUUCUACAGCGAAGUCUCGGAUGCUUUUGUAAAAAGCUUGUUUGUACAGUUUUUGCAGUUGUUUCUUAUGACAGAAAUGUAUUGAAGAAAAAAAAAGCCUGCUUUUUAUUUUAUUUUUAUUUUUUAAGAAAAGGUUUUGAAGUGCGAUUCGGGCCUGCGCUUUGUCCUCAGGCGGCUGAGUCACGCAGAUUUUUUUUUUUUUCUUCAGAGAUUAAAACACUUUUCUCUGUGGAA